AUGGUUACCGAAAACCAGAUUGAAAGUGUGGAGAUUCUGGGGAAGAAGACCAUCAGGGUUGGAUUCCGCAUCAGACCAUACAUUUGUGAAGAAAUCAUCAAGAACUACGCAUCGUCGACCUAUGUGAUCAUCACAGAUAGAAAUAUCGAGGCAGCGGGCCAUCUAGAUGCUUACAGAAAGACGUUCAACGAGACACUCGAGCGGUUGAGGCCGGACUCGAGGCUUUUGACUUAUGUUGUUGCACCGGGAGAAUCGAGUAAGAACAGGAGCACGAAGGCGGCAAUCGAGGACUACUUGCUCAGGGAAGGGUGCACGAGGGACACGUUCAUGAUCGCGAUGGGCGGAGGAGUGAUUGGCGACAUGAUUGGGUACGUGGCGGCCACGUUCAUGCGAGGUGUGAGGGUGGUUCAGGUUCCAACGACGUUAUUGUCGAUGGUGGACUCUUCGAUUGGUGGCAAGACGGCCAUCGACACUCCUUUGGGCAAGAACUUCAUUGGUGCAUUCUGGCAGCCACAGCUUGUGCUUGUGGACAUUGCAUUUUUGGAGACUUUGCCCGUCCGGCAGUUUGUGAACGGUAUGGGUGAGGUUAUCAAGACGUCGGCCAUUUGGAACGCGAAGGAGUUCGACAGGCUCGAGGAGCACACGCGGGAGUUCUUGCAGGUGAUCAACAAGAGGCGGGAGGACGGCACGGUGGACAUCACGCCGAUCUUGGACCAUCUUUUCAAGCUUGUGCUCGAGUCGAUCAAGGUGAAAGCUGAAGUUGUUUCGAGAGACGAGAGGGAGGGGGGACUCCGGAACUUGUUGAACUUCGGGCACUCGAUAGGCCACGCGUACGAGGCCAUUCUUACCCCGCAGGCACUCCACGGUGAGUGUGUUGCCGUGGGUGCCGUGAAGGAGGCGGAGUUAUCGCGGUACAUGGGGAUUUUGUCCCCGGUGGCAGUUUCGCGGCUCGCGGACUGCUUUGCAGGGUACGGGUUGCCCACCUCGGUGCAGGACAAGAUCAUGGUGGACCGGGUGAACGGCAAGGUGUGCCCGAUCGACACGCUCUUGCAGAAGAUGGCCCUCGACAAGAAAAACGUCGGGUCGAAAAAGAGAGCUGUGAUCUUGAAGAGCAUCGGGCAGUGCUACGAAAACCACGCGACGUUUGUGACGGACGAGGAUUUGCGGUUCAUGGUUGGCCGGGACGCGAAGGUGUACCCGUUUGACACGCAGCCGCGGGAAUUCACCGUUGUUCCGCCGGGUUCGAAGUCGGUUUCCAACCGGGCCCUUGUGCUGGCUGCUUUGGGCGAGGGCCAGUGCAAGAUCAAGAACUUGCUUCACUCGGACGACACCAAGUACAUGCUGCACGCGAUCCAGGCGUUGCAGGGAGCAGAUGUGGAGUGGCAGGACAACGGGGACACGAUAGCAGUUACCGGACAUGGUGGAGACCUGCGUGCGACGGCCGAGCACUUGUACCUCGGCAACGCGGGCACGGCUGCCCGGUUCCUCACGUCUGUGGCGUGCCUGGUGAAGCCCGAGGCGGACCAGCACCACGUGGUGCUCACGGGGAACGCCCGGAUGCAGCAACGGCCCAACGGCCCGCUAAUCGAGGCUCUCCGGGCCAACGGCCGCGACAUCGAGUGCCUGAACCACGAGGGAUGUCUCCCCGUGCGUGUCGCGUGCUCUGCGAGCGGGCUUUUGAAGGGCGGCCGGAUCGAGUUGGCUGCCACGGUGUCCUCGCAGUACGUGUCGUCGAUACUCAUGGCGGCCCCAUACGCGGAGCAACCGGUGACUCUUGCCCUAGUGGGUGGGGCCCCCGUGUCUCAGACGUACAUCACGAUGACCAUCGAGAUGAUGGCGCAGUUUGGCAUCCAGGUGACCCCCUCGAAGACCGAGAAGUACACGUACGAGAUCCCGCUCGGCAGGUACAAAAACCCGGCCGAGUACGUGGUUGAGUCCGAUGCAUCGUCCGCCACUUACCCGUUGGCGUUUGCCGCGCUCACGGGCACGAAGUGCACGAUCCCCAACAUCGGGUCGUCCUCAUUCCAGGGCGAUGCCCGGUUCGCCACCGGCGUGUUGCGUGCCAUGGGCUGCCAGGUGCACCAGGACGAGUCCUCCACCUCCGUCCAGGGCCCCCCGGUGGGCCACUUGAAGCCCUUCGGCCACAUCGACAUGGAGCCCAUGACCGAUGCGUUCCUCACGGCAACCGUCGUGGCAGCUGUGGCCCCCGGAGACUCGACCAUCACGGGCAUUGCCAACCAGCGGGUCAAGGAAUGCAACAGAAUUGCAGCCAUGAGGCAGGAGUUAGCGAAGUUCGGCGUCGAGGUCUCGGAGCUUGACGACGGAUUGGUGGUGCACGGAGUACAACUGGACAAGUUGCAGCAGCCAGGCACCGGUGUGGCAACGUACGACGACCACCGGGUGGCCAUGAGCCUCUCGUUGCUUGCCGGAAUGUGCCGGGCCCCUGUGGUCGUCGAGCACCGCCGCUGCACGUCCAAGACGUGGCCCGGCUGGUGGGACGUGCUGCAUUCUCAGCUCGGCGUGCGUCUCGACGGCUGCGAGCCCCGGCAGGAGUCCCCGGCAGCAUCCAUCCCACCUCCGAAUGCCAACAGGUCCAUCAUCUUGAUCGGAAUGCGUGCCUGUGGCAAGACCACCAUGGCCCACGUCAUGGCACAAAAGCUCCACAUGCAGCUUUUGGACUUGGACGACUACUUCGAGGCCAAGGAGGCCGGAGUGUCUAUCAAGCAGUUCGUGCACGAGCACGGAUGGGCCGAGUUCCGCCGCAGGGAGACCAUAUACUCCCGCGAGGCCAUCGAAUCCCACCGGGAGGGCUUCGUCAUCUCCACGGGCGGAGGCAUCGUCGAGUCCCCGCAGUCCAGGGCCGUGCUCCAGGCCUACAUCCGCCAGGGAGGCAUCGUCUUGCACUUGCACCGCGAUAUCGCCCACACGGUCUCCUUCUUGCAGAAUAAAGACACCGUGCGGCCCGCCUACGACGAGGAGAUCCUCGCCGUGUGGCAAAGACGCCGGCCCUGGUACGCCCAGUGCUCCAACUACUCGUUCUUCUCGCCCCAUGCCAGCACCCAUGCCCAAAUCAGGCAGCUCCGGGCUGCCAUGGGCCGAUUCGUCGACCGGAUCACGGGCAAGCCAUGCACUCUGCCAACUGCCCGCUCCUACUUCGUCUGCCUCACCUUCCCAGACCUCGCAGAUCCGGCCGUCCAGCCGCAAAUCGACGCCAUCACGGCCGGCUGCAACGCCGUCGAGCUCCGCGUCGAUCGACUCGUCGCCCACGACACCGACUCUGUCGCGCUCCAGGUCGGCCUGCUCCGCAUGUACACUGACCUGCCAAUUAUCUUCACGGUGCGUACUCAGUCGCAGGGCGGCAGUUUUCCCGAUGCAGACACUGACUCGCUUGCCGAACUCGUCCAGCUCGCCUUCCGACUCGGCCUGGAGUACGUCGACUUGGAGCUUUCUCUCCCCGAGGGCCUAUUGGACACCUUGUGCUCGAAGAGACGCUUCACGAAGAUCAUCGGCUCGUACCACGACCCGCGUAGCUUGCACCACUGGUCCAGCCCAGACUGGCAGAGCAAGUACCAGCUUGCCGUCAAUCUCGGUGUUGAUAUCGUCAAGUUUGUCGGCACUGCAUCGUGUGCCCAGGACAACUUCGAUCUCGAGGCCUUCCGCUCCGCCCACCAGUCCAAGCCACUUGUUGCCAUCAACAUGGGGCUCCAGGGCAAGCUCUCCCGCGUGCUCAACCCGUUCAUGACCCCCGUCACGCACUGUUUGCUCCCAGAUUCAGCUGCCCCGGGCCAGAUGUCCGUCCGCCAGAUCCACCAGGCCUUGACCAUGGUCGGCGGCAUCAAGCCGUUGAAAUUCUACGUGGUCGGAACCCCGAUCUCCCACUCCAGGUCGCCCAACUUGCACACUGCUGGCUACAGAGAGCUUGGUCUCCCCCACCAAUUCUUCCGCUUCGAAACAGAUGACGACUCCAAAGUCUUCCACGAGGUGGUCAAAUCGCCCGACUUCGGCGGCUGCUGCAUCACUAUCCCCUUGAAGCUCAAGAUGCUCAAGUAUGCCACCCAGUUGUCCGACUCCGCCAAGACCAUCGGUGCCAUAAACACCAUGUGGCCUAUCGGAGACGGCAAAUUCGCCGGCACAAACACCGACUGGAUCGGCAUCCGCGACUCCUUCAUCCGGAACAAUGCUCCGGACACCGUCUCCGGCAACGGCCUCAUCAUCGGCGGAGGCGGUGCUUCCCGUGGUGCAGUCUACGCUCUCCACCAGAUGGGAUGCUCCACAAUAUACAUGGUCAACAGGGAGUUCAACUUGCUCAAGCAGAUCAAGCUCGACUUCCCUACUGACUACAACAUCGUCCCGCUCAACACUGUGGACGACGUCCAGAAGAUCGAACAGAUCACACUUGCCGUUUCCGCCAUCCCUGGAAACGUCGAGCUUGACCCCGGUGUCAAGGAAAAGAUACAGGUUGCUUUCCAGAAAGGUUCCCCAGACGGUAAGUUCCUCGUUGAGGCGGCCUACAAACCAACCGAGACUCCUGUCUUGAAGCUUGCCAAGAGCCUUGGCUGGCACACCAUCCCGGGAAGAGAGAUGCUUGUCAACCAGGGAAUUGCACAGCUUGAGAUUUUCUUUGGUGGCAUCCACUUCCCUUACCAGCCGAUCUACGAUGCUGUUGUCAAUGAAUGA